GCACAAAAUUAAACACAAUAGAGAGAGAGAGAGUAAGAGAGAUCAUACGAAGAGGAAAAAAACCCAAUUCUUCUUCUUCUUCAUUAUCAUCUCUUUUUGCUCUACUCUUUCCACCAAUCAUCAUAAUGGAGAUGAAGAAGGUUGCUUGCGCCGCCGUCGUGUUCGCUGCCGCCUCAAUGAGCGCAGCUUUGGCUCAGGAGGCCGCCGCCCCUGCCCCUAGCGACGCCGCUUUUGGCCCUGCCGCUGCCGCCGGCCCCACCGCCGCCGCUGGUGCACCGGCAAGCGGUGGUGCAGCUGGUGUCUUGCCGGCUCUUGGGUCGUUGGUGGGUGCUUCCAUUGUCUCCUUCGUUGCCUUCUACUUGCAAUAAAUUCUCAACUCUGGCGGAAGAGGAAGAUUAACGGAAGAGCCUGCAGCAAAAUUAAUAUGGAGAUCGAUCAUUUUGUUUUUUUCGAUGAGGAAAAUUAUUUUUUAUUGUUUGUUGGUAUUGGCUCUUCUUUUAUGAUUUUUAAUUUCCUUUAAUUUUUCAUGCAUUGAUAUGAACACACAUUUGAUUAAUGAAAAAUGCCUUCCGGUUGGAGUUGAUGACAUUAGUGUGCUUUAAUUUAUUUUGAUUUUAUGUCAUGGUAUAUGUUUUGGAUUAAUAUCUUGAUUGAUGAUAAACACAUCGAAGUGGAACUACGUAACACGCUUUUACUUAUUCAUUAGGAAAAAAAGUCUCUUAUUUGAGAGUAAAACAAAAAAACAAAUUUGUCUCACCAUCUUAUUUUCCUUAAAAUAUUAGAAAUCCUUCCAGCACUCAUGAAGAUGGUUAACAACAUUACGUGAUCAGUUAAUUGAAUUUAUCAGACAAUUAUGUGAAAUUUUUAAAUGAUUUGUAGAUGAGAUUAUGUGAACAAAAUAAAAUAAAAUAAAAUAUAUGCGUGAAUAAUUUAUAAGAAUAUGUGAAAACUGAAAAUAUAGUUUGUGAGCAUGAAUUGUCAAAAACUGAAACUAGUUUUUGACAUGCUCACGUAGGCGUAGGCAGGACAUUUUGGCCUUGUCCUGGGACAGGGGUAAAUUUCGGAGGAAAAAAAUAUGCUAUAUAUAUAUAUAUUAUAUUUCGUCACUACAAGGCAACUCAUUACUUGUUCAAAAAUUGACAUAAAAUUAAUUUAUUAUACUACAAAAAGAAAAUCCAAUUGUAAUAAAGACCUAAUCAAAUCUCUUUUCUCCUUAUGCCUAUUCGAUCUUUUCCUCAAAAACUCUGAAAUUGUCUAGCGACAACGAGAAUCUACUAGUUUUGAUUCUACCAAUUACAACUGCAAGUAUAAAAGAGCAUUUCGAGCUUUGAGUUAUAUUAAGAACAAGUUUCCAAGUCGAUUUGGCGACCAGUUUGCUAAUUAUUGUUUAGUGAGAUACAUUGAAAGAGACUUUUAAUAGUGUAGACAACGAAUGUUUUUGCGUUUCUUUCAAAAUAUUAAAUUCCUUCGUGGUUGUUGAAAACAAUGAUUAUAUAGUCGGGUUUUUUUUUAUUAUAAAUCAGUGGUUUUUCAUUGGGUUAAUACCUUAGUUUGGCCCUAACUAUAGACAAACUUUUUACUUUGGCCCGUGGUAUCGGAAAUUGCUAUUCUGGCCUAAACUAUGUAGCAUACUUUCUUAUUUGGCCCGGAGGUGGGUUUGACCGUCAAAUUAGACGGUCAACCGAGUUUAUAGUUAGUCAAAGUCCACCUCACUUGCCACGUCAGCUAUCAGGAAAUAAUUUUUUUUUUAAUUUUGUUUAAUUUCUAAAAUUAAUUAAAAAUAAUUUGGAUAGCUCUUUUAAUUAUUUUUUUUCGUUUAUUAUUUUUAUUGUUAAAAAAUUCAACAUUAAAAAAUUAAUUUUUUAUUCCCUGAUAGCUGACGUGGCAAGUAAGGUGGACCUUGACUAACGAUCAACUCGGUUGACCGUCUAAUUUAAGGGUCAAACCCACCUCCGGGCCAAAUAAGAAAGUAUGCUACAUAUUUUAGGCCAGGAUAACAAUUUCCGAUACCACGGGCCAAUGUAGAAAGUUUGUCUAUAGUUCGGGCCAAAUUAAGGUAUUAACCCUUUUUCAUUCAUCAAAAGAUAAGGUGCUAGCAACAACCUUGCUAGCUAGGUAAUCUGUAGUAGCAAAGUGACUGUUUUUACUUUUUAUCAACCUACAAUCAAGUAACCAAAACAGAUAAAGAUGGCUAAUCAACCUAGAAUAGACAAACUCGAUGCGCCCCUAUCAGACAUUCAAUUUCAUAUUUAAUCGUCUUCAAUAGAGUAUUGUAAUUCUU